GCUGCGGGCAUGCGCAGUGGGCAUCCCAACGCCACCACCCAUCCGCUGAGAAUUGUAGCUGGGGGUUUUGGAGCCGUUGGGUUCACACAGCUGGAGCAGGAGGAGGAAGCCGAGGAGGUCCGGAUGACUGCUUAGAAAUCUGCACAGUCCACCAACAUCUGAUGAAAUUAGUGAAUAAGCAACUCAGCCAUGUCUUACACUCCAGGAAUUGUUGGCGACCCCACCCAGCUGGCCCAGCGUAUCUCUUCCAACAUCCAGAAGAUUACACAGUGUUCUGUGGAAAUACAGAGGACUCUGAAUCAACUUGGAACACCUCAAGAUUCACUUGAAUUGAGGCAACAGCUGCAACAGAAGCAGCAGUAUACUAACCAGCUCGCUAAAGAAACAGAUAAGUACAUUAAAGAUUUUGGAUCUCUGCCUACCACCCCCAGUGAACAGCGUCAAAGGAAAAUACAGAAGGAUCGCCUAGUAGCUGAGUUCACAGCGUCACUGACAAACUUUCAAAAGGUCCAGAGGCAAGCUGCUGAGAAAGAGAAAGAGUUUGUUGCUCGAGUGAGAGCCGGUUCCAGACUAUCAAGUGCUUUUCCUGAGGAGACUGCAAAAGAAAGGAAUCUUGUAUCCUGGGAAAGCCAAACUCAACCUCAAGUACAGGUGCAGGAUGACGAAAUUACAGAGGAUGACCUUCACCUUAUUCAUGAGAGAGAGUCUUCUAUUAGGCAACUUGAAGCUGAUAUUAUGGAUAUUAAUGAAAUAUUUAAAAAUUUGGGAAUGAUGAUUCAUGAGCAAGGAGAUGUGAUAGAUAGCAUAGAAGCCAAUGUUGAAAAUGCAGAGGUGAAUGUUCAGCACGCAAACCAGCACCUGUCAAGGGCAGCAGAAUAUCAGCACAAAUCCAGAAAAACCCUGUGCAUCAUCAUUUCUAUCCUUGUCAUCGGAGUUGUAAUUAUUGGUUUAAUUAUAUGGGCAGUGCAAGGCUAAGAUUUUGAAGGAGAAAACUGUUGCACUACAUUAUCUAAAUUAUGUAAGAAGGUUCUUGUAAUCAUUUUCUUUUUUUCUUUUUUUUUUUUUUAAUUUUAUUUUGAAGCGUUUGCAUAAAGGAUGGCUCCCAUACUUUGUUGUUGUUAUUUUUUUUUGGUGGGGAGCUUCCUUUGAAUUAAAUCUGAUAUUUUCUAAUAUUGAAAGCUUUUCUAAAUAUCACUGCUGGGAUAAAUUUCAUACUUUUUGGUCUAAUAACUGUUUGGGUUUUGCUCACAUUGUAUAUGUCUUUCAUUUAUAAUUUAUCCUGUUGACUUAGUUUUUGGAAUUAGUAAAUUUAAAGGUAUAUGUAUUCUGUGGCAUCUGUCUCUCUGUCACAUGAACCCAGAUUUGUGUUACUUCUAUUAAAAUUCUAAAGUUUAAUUUUGAUUUGGGCCAGCAGAGGAACUAUUAACUUAAAAAAAUCUAAUGUAUUUUUUUGUGUUGGCUUUUUUUUUCUGGUUCAGAGCAGCACAAAUUAUCUAUUUAACUUUUAUUGUUGGUCUUAAGAUUACUCUGAAUGAAAUCAGUGAAUAAUUUCCUACUGGAUUUCAUCUACCUGAUGUGUAUAUAUUAAGCAUUUGCUGUAGAUUGCCUAGUAAAAUAAUAAGAAUAGAUUGUUUUUACGUAGGCUCUGUUUAAGUCUGACAUUUACUGGAGAAUUUGUAGUCACUAUAAAUGUUUAAUGUGAUUUGAAGGAAGAGUAUGACAGAUCGGUACUCAUGUGUUAGAAUUCUAAAGAUCCCAACCUGUUAUUGCACUGUGUAUUUCCAUAGCUAUUAUAAUGGAAAGUUAAUUACCUUCCCUUACGUCCUAUAGGAUAACAGUUACAUUUGUAUCAUUGGGUCAAAAUGAUUUGGGGGAAGUAACUUUUCCACAAUUAUUGUUUUUCAGCAACCAGCACUUAAAAUUUAGCAUUUGCCUUGCAUAUCAUUUUGUACCAUUUUAGAAAAGGAAUUGGAUGUUUGCCAGUUAACUUACUUGCCUUUUUAAAUCAGUGUUGUUUUAAUGCACUAAUCUGAAUACUGUAAAGAGCAUUAUCUUGGUUUAUAGUUUGUAUUUUAUAAUGUUCUUAUAUAGCAGUUUGAUAAUGAAGGCAGUGCUUUACAUGGCAAGCUAUAAGACUUCAAAUGGGAACAAAUAAAAUAUUAAGUAACUAAGUAAACUGUACAUUUGCAACCAGAAUAAAGAUAAUUUAAAAAGUG